UUGUUUAAUACUAAGAAGACCAUUACCGUAUACCGUGACUAUUAACCUGAACAAGCUAGCUAGCUGCUGUCUUCAUGAUCCUGCCUUAGGAUGAGCGAAGAGUUCACUCAAGGUCUGCUACGACAUGUGGUGGGGAAGAUCUGUCAACCUCUAGGCUGGCACGCCAUGAACAGCAAUGCUGCUGAUGUUCUGGCUGAUGUCACUCGACAGUAUAUACUAACCAUUGGCAGGACCACUUCUGCUUACAGUUGCCAUGACAAUCGGACUGAACCUAACCUUGUGGAUCUGUCUCAAGCAUUUACAGACAUUGGAGUGAGUCUACCAGAGCUGACUGACUACAUGGGCCAGGUUAGGUCCACCCCCCUCGACCAGAAGGUCCCCCUCUAUCCCAUACAACAAAGCUCCAGCCACAUACAUGAUGGAGAACACUCAGUUGUACAUCGUAAGAAGGCGUGUCGCCAUGGAUCAGUGUCGUCCAAUCAGAGCUCAGAGGAGAGUGGUGAUGAGAGCAUCCCCCCACACUUACCACCAUUACCACUACUUCAGGACAACACUACACACAAAGAAGAAGACGUUGAUGACACGGAGAGUGGAGUUGACGCUGCUAGUGAGGAUCACAGUGACACAGAACCAAUGGACACCGCCCACAUACUCCACCCAUUCCACACAUCUCACGACACGUCAAGAGGUCUACCACAACCACAAUCACGCCCACGCAUUUUCUCGUCAGACGUUAGUGAGGACAGUGGAAGCCGCAGAAGUAGCAUCUCCGAUGGCAACCUCCUCCGAGAGGGGGCGUUCAUUAGAACCUCCGACACAAAGUCCGGGGGUGGGGUUUCUAAUGUGUUUGAAUCUGCGUUUAAGCAAGAGCUUGUCAAAUCUGAGAGUUCAAAGGUCGAAUUACCACAAAAACCGACAGUUACAAAAGGACCCAAGUUACGAAAAUUGAGUUUGAAUGUGGAAAACAUUAUGCCGAGUCAGCAAUUUUCCCCUCUUGUAUCUAAAAUUGAUUCUGUUCCAACAAUGGAAUCUCCUCCUCCUAUUGUCCCCACUCAUGUCACGUCUCCACCACAGGCACAGCUGUACCAAGUACCACAGAGUCCGCAAAGACUACCAUUGAAAGAUUUUCAUGUCAGUACUGAAAAAAUAUCCAUCAGUCUCGUACGUAGCUCCUUAAGCCCUCCAGCACAUGAUACUGUGGAAAGGUCAGAGGUCACUGCGGAGAUGUCACCGAAGGUCAUUGCAGAGAGGUCACCAGAGGUCGUUCGAAACCCCACCCCUAUAGAAUCACCGCCACAAACUUCUGAAGAGAUCAUAUCGCCACAACCCUCACCGGAGGAAGUACAAGAUGAGAUGGAAGUUUUGGAGGAAGCGGAGAUAAUUAACAGAAGCAAAGAGGAAGUGGUCGGAUUGGAGGAAGUGCUCUCAAGAUUAUCAGAGACAGAGAGUUCAGAGGGCGAAGAGAUCGAAAAGAAAGAAAUAGAAGAACAGCCAAUAGUUGAAUAUAGAGACUCUAGUAUUGUCAGUACGCCCUCCCCACCAUCUUCACCAGUGUCCCGCCCACUCACACCCUCUCCACUACCUUCACCAGUGUCCCGCCCACUCACACCCUCUCCACUACCCUCACCAGUGUCCCGCCCACUCACACCCUCUCCACUACCCUCACCAGUGUCCCGCCCACUCACACCCUCCCCACCAACCUCACCAGUGUCCCGCCCACUCACACCCUCCUCACACCACUCGCCCCCCAUACACGCCCACUCAUACCCUCCACCACAAGACGUCGAACUUUCCGAAGACAAUCUCUCAAUAUCUGACGAGGGUUCGAACUCUGACCUCGAUACGAAGCCCCCUACUGAACAAGCCGACUCGGAGGUCGAAGUACAACAAGAAAUGUUAGACUAUUCUUCAGAUACACACACUAAAGGGGAUACAGAUUUCGAAGAGCAAGUAUUAAAAUCUCCCGUAGUAUCGUCGAAAAUUAAAGCCAACGAAGAAAUUAUUGAACAAAUUACUAAAAUAGAACCUGUCUCUCUCCCUGCUGCUUUUGACGGACAAAUGUCCAUUGAAAUUGGAGGCUCUAAAGACGACAGCAGUGAAAUGAUACAUACGCGGUCUGCUCAAGUUUCCGAUGAUUAUUUGGAGACCACCAAGGUUCUUGAGCUAGAGCUAUCAACAGACGAUGAUGAAAGUGGCGAUGAGGUUCCCGUAUUUAGAGGGGAGGAGUCGCAAGGUGAAGAGGACGCCUCAGCGUGUCUACUUACAACUAGUACCGAAAGGGUUAAAGGUGAAACUAAAGGAAGGCGACGAACUGUAUCUAAAGAAGAUGUACUUGGUAUCAGCAAACCAAAGAAAGUUAGUAGAAAACGGAGUAAGAAAAGUCGCGCAAAACCUCAAAAACCAGCUGAACCACCUGCUGUGUCAUCACUGAUGGUUAGUAUUAAAAAGACUUUGUUGCCACCGCCAGUUAAGCCCCUCCCCCUGACCCCACCCACUCCACCCCCUCACACUACGAGUGUGCCCCUACAAAUUACAAUCAACAGACGUCUACUGCGGCACACUAAGUUCAGGCUUGCCCCAACCACUCCUGAGGAAAAACCGAAAAAAUCUUUCGAAAUGUUGAAAAUUCGACUGGCUAAAUUUGGAAGUCUCUCUACUUCGACCCCAAAGUCAGCAACACAAACUGAUUUUGAUACCACACCCGUUUCUGCACAGACCACACCCCUUGGGUCUCGUAAGAGGGAGCUGGAAAUUUCGCCAAGUGAUGAAACAUACGCGAAAAGAUCUCGCCUUGAACCACAGGUUGUGACCACACCUCUUAGUUCAUCGAGCUCCUCCUCCAGUUCUGACAAUGAAGACAGUAGCAGCAACCCUCCAACGCCCACACACACUACACCCUCACGCCCCACACCCUCACACACCACCCCCUCGCGCCCCACACCCUCACAUCACCUCCCCUCACACACCACACCCUCGCACCCCACACCCUCACACCUCCUCCCCUCCCACACCACCCCCUCACUUGUCCCCACACGUGCACUCUCCAGUGAUGACGACUCUUCGUCCAGUAGCAGCAGCUCGAGUGACAGUGUGAGUGGUGUGAGUGGUGUGAGUGGAGUGGGCGGAGGUGGUGGUCUAAAGCUGACGAUAAGUAAGGCUGUGCUACAACAAGCUGGGGGGUCUCUACCCAGGGGGGGGCCGUCGCCAUGGCCCUCUGGUGGAAAACCAGCCGUACACAAGUCUAGGAAGCUGCAAGCUACACUGGCUGCCAAGAAGAGGAAGCAAGGCUCUAAGAAACAGUCAAGAGAAGCACCACCAUUGUUAUUUAGUGUCCCCGCUGUACCCCGCCCACCUCCCACCCUCCCCCGCCCACCUCCCGUCAUCACACCCUCACUCGGCUCGGAUACCAUUUGUCCAGUGUGUAACCUCAAAGACGACGGCUCUCCCAUGAUUGGUUGUGAUGGUUGUGAUGACUGGUGUCACUGGCGAUGCGUGGGCGUGGUCGUAGCACCUCCCGAGAAUGAGAAAUGGUACUGCCCUGGUUGCCGAGAGAAGGCAAUAAAGAAGAAAAAGAAGAAGCUAAAAAAGACAAAACGAUAAAUUGAUAAUUACACAAACAUUUUUUUUUUAUAAUUGUCACUAGUUUCCAUAGAAACUGUUACAUGUAACUAUAGCGACGAUUAUAUCUAUCUCAUAAUAAUAACAUGCCUGUAUUCAAUUUGCUAUAAUUAUAUUCAACUUCAA